UAAAACAUGGCAAGUAAUGGAGGAAACUCUUUCCUGACCUACUUAAACAAGCUGUUGGCACUGAAAAAUGGGAAGUAGGUAAAAUAACCGACUUUUACACAGACUAUCAUUUGCUAUGGAAGUUCAACUGAUAUGAGUCAAUGACCAUAAUGAAGAAGGAGAUCAAGGGAGCCCCCAAACCACCUGUUAGUAACACCUGAUUUCCUUUCCAGAUGGAAAGUUUUGUCAAUACUGAUUUAGAAUAUAAGCUCUUUUUCAUUUUUUAAAUGGAGGGUGGUAGAAUGUUAUGAAUAAUAUUGACACUAAACAGCGAGAAGCAGCAGAAGGGAAAAUAAGUUCAUUGAAGCCUUGGCAAGAGACCCAAGCAAGCAAAAUCAUUACUUGGCCAGCCAACUAGUAUUUAUUAUGCUUUUGGAUAUUUAUAGAUGAAACUGCACAACAAACAGAUGACAGAUGAAAAUGUUUAUGAAGACAUAUAUAACUUUCUUCAUCAAUGACAAUGAAAUAUCCAAAUUUGGAGUCUAACAUUACAGUUCCAUGUGUGCAAAAUGAGGAAGGGGAAGCAAAGAUGUGAAGAUCAGCUACAUUCAAUCAAGGAUACACAGAGGAAUUCCAAUAUUGGAGGAUCAAAUGAGUUUAGAUCUUUUCUUAAACUUGUGAGCUUUGUGAGGUCAGGAGAAUAUGCCACUGAGAAGACCCUGGAACAGCCAUUCAGCCUAGCAAACUUUGAGGCCAAGCCAGAGAUAGCAGAGAUGAGAACCCAUCCAGGAACAAUGAUGCAUUUGGAUAUGACCUUGGACUACAUUGUUUUGUAUAAAACUGCAUUCAAUCUGAGUCUACUCUUCCCAGAAACCAAGGGCCAUACGAGAGCCGUAUCGUCGCCGACCGAGCCCCUAGCCCCGGCUCCUACUGGCUGGGCCAGCGUGGACCGGCUCAGCAGCUGGGCUGCUUAUCCGAGCCCGUGGCGGAACUCGGGACGUCCGCACGAUCACCCUCGGGGAAGUUCGGGAUCCGGCCCGCGGGGCACCCCAACCCUAGCUCGCGAGGCCGGCACAGCCUCGGGGGCGGCAGCAGCUGUAGUGGCUGCUGCGGCUGCUCGGGCUGUACUCACAGCCUCUCGGGUCGAGCGGCCGCCUCCUCCACCUUCUUCAGCUUCAGCCGCCGCCGCCGCCGCCGCUCGAGCGGCUCGUGGGCGGGAUCAGCUGAGCCGCCGGCGCGUGUCACGUGGUGUGCGUGUCGAAGGUCACUCGGCGCUCACAAUGGAGCUCUCGGAGUAUGUGCAGAGAGGCUGCCAGAUGCUGGCCGAUCCCGGCUGCUUCGACCUCGCCGCCUUCGCACUUCUCCUCCGGGCGGCCUUUCGGAACCUGCUGGAAACCCGGGCUGAUGAGGCCGUGCUAGAUCAUCCAGACUUGAAACAUAUUGAUCCUAUGGUAUUAAAACAUAGUCAUGCAGCAAUUGCAACUUGUAUACUGGAGGCAGGAAAGCAGAAAGCUGACAAGUCAACUCUGAGCACAUGUCUAGAAGACUGUAAAUUUGACAGAGAGAGAAUAGAACUCUUUUGCACAGAAUAUCAGAAAAAUAAGGAUUCUCUGGAAAUUCUACUGGGAAGAAUUGGCAGAUGUCCUCUUCUUAUAACUGAUGUUUCCUGGCGGUUGGAAUAUCAGAUUAAGACCAAUCAACUUCACAAACUGUAUCGACCAUCAUAUUUGGUGACCUUAAAUGUUGAGAAUGAGGACUCUAGAUCCCAUCCAGACAUUAGUUUUAAUUGUACUAUGGAGCAAUUACAGGACUUAGUGGGAAAACUUAAAGAUGCCGCCAAAAGCCUGGAAAGAGCAGCUCAGAUGUGAUUAAAGGACGUUAACAAUCUACUAGGGUCAAGACGAAGACCAGCGCUCCCCGGUCCAUCGGGCAAGCUAUCCAUAUCCCCUCUGCAAGUCGAAUCCCCCCCCCCCCCUUUUUAAGUAGAAUUUGUAUUAAUUCCCAUCUUUUGAACGUGUGAAACUUAUGGAACCUAACUUUUCUACAUUAUUACAAUAUAACUGAAGGCAGAAAUACUGUUGUAUGUUGAAAAUAAUUUUAAAAAGUGUUGUUUUUCCUCCACUGCCCGCUCCCUUCCUCUUCAUUCUUAUUUCCUUUACUUUCAUCGAGUUCUGUGCUUAAAUAAAUUGAGAUGCUCCUAUUUACAAA